UUUUAUUAGCUUCUAUACCAACAGGCAAAUUAACUUGUCUUCUCCAUGGCCCUAACUGCUGGAAAUUGUACUUAUUCUCUUACAAGAUUUUAUGUGAAAGCAGUUGAUACCAAAGAAAUUAGAGUGACAACAAAAAAAGAGGCAUGGCAAGGAAGAAGAGAGUUUCUAUUUUCAACAGUACUUAUUGCAGCUGUUCAAGUCAAUGAUUCUCAAACUGAGCUUCUUAAGAGAUAUCUCAAGAAGACAGAAGAGAACAAGGCCAAGAAUGAUAAGGAGAGAUUGGAUGGUUACUACAAGCGCAACUACAGGGACUAUUUUGGCUUUGUAGAAGGCAGUUUGAAGCAAAAGAAAGAGGGGGAACUCACUGAAUCAGAGCAAGGCAUUCUUAAUUGGCUUGAAAAAAACAAAUGAAUUUGUCAACUCAUAUUUACCAAAUUGGUUGUGACGACAAAUAAACCGAUUGAUAGAAAUUUUUUGAUGUAGUUAUUGUUUGAAUUUGGUUAUAUAUAUUGGAAAAUGUUGAGCUUUAUUUGCCUA